AAGAUUGUUUCCAAAUAAUCAUUUUGUAUAUUCUGUGGAGGAACAUAAUGUUUGUUCCCAAGAAUCGCAUUUGGUCGUAGACAGUGAUGGCUUGCGCUGUGAAUAUCGGAUAUAUAUAGCUGAUAAAUUUCCUGAGUAAUAAUUUCCAGCUCUUCCAUAUUCACAACCAUCUCCUUUGACUUCGAUUCACAUACCUGAUCUUAGUCAACUUCAAAUUUACUUACUUCGCCCUAUCGUCUAAAGGACAAAUCAAGUACCAAAGACAUUGUUGGCGACUCAAGUUUGGCAUCUUCCAAGAAAGCCAAGUAACAAUGUCGGACCAAAUGCACAGAGAUCAAUUUUAUUCCAGCCAGUUGCCUCCCGAAGGAUGGCAACGAGUUCCCGAGGGUUCGCUUCAAGCUGCCUUGGACAUGCCGUUUAUCGAGAUCCUGAAGCGCUUCCAGGAGUUUAGCCCGCUCAUGCAAUUCCGGAUACGACAACGGAUUCACCAUACAUUCUUUGUAGACGUCGAUCCUAACACCAUGUACCAGAUGCCUAAGGAUGAGAAACCUCCGAAUCUAAACAUUCGACGCCCAAACUCUAGGGAUAUCCUCAUCACGCCAAAUUACGUGAUUUACCUGCACUUCCCACUCGAUAUCACUCUUCGCAAUUUUGAGGAAAUGAGUCCAUUAACCCAGGCCCGCCUUCGGUUGUACUACGAGUACUGCAUCGAGCCCUUCUCCUUUCAAGUCAAUCCGCAGGAUGUCGAGGACCCAUUUGAGCCUGAUACUCCUCAGGAGUAUGCCGAAGACCGUACCCUCCUAUUUGAGUUGGUAAGAGAAUUCAUGGCAGGCGGUAAGCAGAUAGACGCUGUAGCAAGGCGACUCAAUCAGCUGCAGCAAGACUCUCGCGACAAGGUCAAACUCUUGCAGUGCCUCCGAACACUCGAGGAGAACGCUCACAGAGAACGCUGAGAUGUUUAAAUAACGUAUUAGUCUGUUGGGUCGAUAAGGUCUUCUCGAUGAGCGAGAAGGAUAUGUUGUACAACGUGGGUAUAAUAGCAAUAGUAAUCCCUAUGGGGUAUGUGAUCAUCGUAUCAUCUGCUUGUCUAACUAGAAGGAGAACAAUCUCCAAGUGGGAAUAGGAUCUUAAGUAAUAAGUCCUACGCCACGCAUGGG